AUGGCGAUCUGGGGCAGACGCCCUGGAGAGGUCGAGAUCCCUCGGGCCUUUGCCCUCCCCAGUCAUCUUCGCAGCGUCCUCCCCAUGCAGAUGCAGAUGGACUUCAUGAUCAUCCAGCAGAACGCGGGCGUUGUGUACUGCGAUAUCAAGACUCUCCGGUUCAAGUGGCGCAACCGCUUUCGCUACAUGUGCUCCAAGAAAGACAUGGACAAGUGGGACGAGCACCUCUGCACCGUCGACCGUCUCGUUCUUUGGGCCAAGACCCAUAACAUCCACGAUCCCACGAUGACUCCCGUCCCCAAGAUCCCUGCCGAGACUGUGAAACUUUACCCCGACUGGGCCACCUACGACCAAUUUGCCGCCGACUAUGUCGAGUUCCUUGAAAAGUUCAUCAAGGGCUCCUACAAGAUCUGGCGCGACUCUAAGGAGUACGUCGAAAUGGUCGUCGCAACCUGCGGUAUGAACCGGAUGGACCAUGCUGAAUGGGAAGAUUGGUGGACCAACACCUUCCUGCACGAGAUGAGCAAGUUUGAGGACUCUCUCAAAGGACUGGUCCUUCCUUGCUGGGAAGACCUUAUCAAGGAGCUCAUCGAGGUUGUCUCUGCAACUGUCGAUCAGCCCAAGCUGGUUCUGGAUCAGAUUAUCAAGGACUAGAUUUGGGGACCUCUCACUUGUCCAUAUUGACAAUUACCCUCGAUAUGGCUUCUCUUGAUGGCGCCAGGUCGACUUCCUUUGUAUCUAUCUGACUGAUAAACCGCUUCGUUGGUUGAAUUGGAUGGUUUGCAACCAAGGUCUCGGGUCGUCUGGCUGUUUUUAAUGACUUAUGGGCCACGAUCAUGUCAAUAAUGACUUAUGCCAAACACUUGCUUUUGAAAUCAUAGAC